GGUCAGCUGGAGCUGAUGCUGGACAUCCUGGUGUUCCACUCCUCCCGUCAAGAUGGCACCAACGAAUGCUCGCAAAAUAACGGCAACUGUGCCCACCUCUGCCUGGCCACGCCUGCUGGUGCCCGGUGCCGCUGCGCCUCACACUACAGUCUGAGCCCAGAUGGAAAAAACUGCAGCUCUCCUUCGAGUUUUCUGCUCUUCAGCCAGAAGGCCAGCAUCAGCAGGAUAGUAAUAGGAGAACAGAGUCCUGAUAUCAUCCUGCCAAUUUACAUCACAAGGAACGCCCGAGCUGUGACCUACGACCCCCUGGACCAUCUUGUCUACUGGCUGGAUGGACGACAGAACAUCCGAAGAGCCAGAGACGAUGGAACCAUGGCCUCAACAGUUGUGAGCAGCACAGCUCAACAAGUGGACUACCAGCUUCAUGACCUCAGCCUGGACCCCUACAGUCGCCACAUUUACUGGACCUGUGAGACGACCAACACCAUUAAUGUCCAGAGGAUGGACGGCCACAUCGUUGGCGUCGUCGUCAAAGACAGCACGGACAAGCCGAGGGCCAUCGUGGUCAACGCUGAGAAAGGGUACAUGUACUUCACCACAGUGCAGGAGCGCUCAACUAAGAUCGAAAGGUCCAGUCUGGACGGAACCGAGAGGGAGUCUCUGUUCACCACUGGACUGAUCAGACCAGUGGCUCUGGCUUUGGACAACAAGUUGGGGAAACUGUUCUGGGUCGAUGCUGACCUCAAGCGCAUUGAGAGCAGCGACCUGACAGGAGCCAAUCGCAUUGUUUUACAAGAUUCCAACAUUCUGCAGCCAAUAGGACUGACAGUCCUCGGGGAUCAUCUGUACUGGAUAGACCGACAGCAGCAGGUGAUUGAAAGGGUGGACAAAGUGACCGGAGACGGACGCACACGCAUUCAGGGACGGAUAAUGUACCUGACGUCCAUCCAUGCUGUGAAAGAGAUGGACCCGCAGGAGUUUGCAUCCCAUCCUUGUUACCGGGACAACGGAGGCUGUUCUCACAUUUGCAUUGCAAAGGGUGAUGGAACCCCGUCCUGUUCCUGCCCCAUGCACCUGGUGUUGCUGCAAGACCUGCUGCACUGUGGAGACCCCCCAACCUGCUCCACAGAGCAGUUCACCUGCUCGACAGGAGAAAUCGACUGCAUACCCAUGGCGUGGCGCUGUGACAGCUAUUCUGAAUGCGAUGACGGCAGUGACGAAGAAAACUGCCCCGUCUGCUCUGCCUUCCAGUUCCAGUGUGACGGAGGAAACUGCAUCGAAGCUCAGAAACGCUGCGACGGUGAACCUGACUGUGAUGAUAAGUCUGAUGAGCAGGACUGUGAAACCAUCUGCACCUCGGCCCAGUUUCGCUGUGGGGACAACCAGUGCAUCACUAAGAAACAGCAGUGUGACAAUUACUCUGACUGUCUCGAUGGAUCUGAUGAGCUCUCUUGUGACUACAUCUCCACUUCUUCAAGCUUCGUCCCCAGCUAUGAACCUACCAACCCCAUCGGUCCAGUCAUUGCCAUCAUCCUCCUGGUGUUUGUGAUGGGCGGAGCUUGCUUCGUCUGCCAGCGUGUGGUCUGUCGACGUUAUAAGGGCCCUAAUGGGAGCUUUCCUCACGAAUACAUUAGUGGAACGCCUCAUGUGCCCCUGAACUUCAUCACCCCGAGCAGCUCUCAGCAUGGUACCUACCAAGGAAUCUCCUGUGGAAAGUCCAUCAUGAGUUCAGUUAGCUUGAUGGGCAGCAGCGGCAGUGGAGCUCCUCUUUAUGACAGGAACCACGUGACUGGAGCUUCAUCCAGCAGCUCCUCGUCUACCAAAGGAGCCUUCUACCCUCAGAUCCUGAAUCCUCCUCCAUCGCCGGCUACAGAUCGCUCUCUCUACAACGUAGAGAUCUUCUAUUCCUCCAACAGUCCAUCCACCACAAGAUCAUACAGACCCUACCACCCGGUUCGUGGCGCCGCCCCGCCCACCACCCCCUGCAGCACAGACGUGUGCGACAGCGACUACACCCCCCACCAUCCUCCGGCCGGGCUGCUGUCCUCAACGAGUCGCUGGAAGGCCUCGGGCCACGCCGGCCACGGCAAACCCAACAAGUACUACAUGGACCUGAACUCAGACUCUGACCCAUACCCUCCCCCUCCCACCCCCCGCUCUCAGUACAUGUCAGCCGAAGAAAGCUGCCCCCCGUCCCCCUCUACCGAACGAUCCUAUUUCCACCUCUGCCCCCCUCCUCCCUCGCCCUGCACCGACUCCUCAUGACCUUCUGUCACCUCCGUCAGGUAGAAAGGGAUGAAGUUGAACUCGCUGGCUCGGUCCCGCCCCCCCCCUUUGUUAGGGGAAAAACUUUGAGCUGCCUCUUCUGUGCCACUUUACGCAGGCGGGUCUGGAUUAAGUGCCUCGCUAAAUGUCACCCAUAAAGCCAGUCUUCCCUGAGAUCUCGGCGUGAGGAUGUACCGCGCCGAACAAACUGAAACCUGUGGGAGGCUGGAGCUUCAAAGCCCCGUCCCCUCCGCCUCACGGCUCAGGAAGGAGAUAAACACGUUCAGCCAGCAGCUCCUUCUUUCACUUUCAUUCCGUUGAGAGAGGAAGACUUAUUUUCUUCUCCACCUGAUCGUCCUUUCAAAACUGGAUUGUUAAAUCCUGAGGGCUGAACUCACCAGCAGGAAGUUGGUCAGUAGAUGUUGGUGCUGUGAGGCUAAAGCCAUGGGCCGCCGCGCCCCCCCCAGCUUCACAGUGUUACAGACAACCAGCAGAGGGCUGGAUGCUUAGUGAAUAUACAAACUUCAUGGCUGAAUACAUGAGGAGGACUGAGUGGACUGGUAGAAUACGGUCCAAAAACCA